AGUCUGUGGUUUUAUUUGUAUUUUGUACACGUCGGACGUCUUACGUCAAAAACAAUUAGGUUAUAAAUUUGUCGGCGAUAUUUAAUUUUACGAAUUACAUAAAAUGAAGAUCCCAAUAGUUUUAGGUAUUUUAGCAUGCUUUACAAUAGCAUAUGCCGAUCAAGAAACUCUAGUGCUAGUUGAUAAUUUAAACAUAAGGGAAACUCAUUCUCAAUUUUUCAAGUCUCUGCAAGAACGUGGCUACAGUUUAACUUUUAAGCUAGCUGAUGACGCUAACCUGGUGCUGUCGAAGUAUGGAGAAUAUUUGUAUAAGAAUUUGAUAGUGUUUUCGCCGUCCGUUUUGGAAUUCGGUGGUCAACUAGACACGGAGGCUAUAACCAAGUUCAUUGAUGAUGGAGGCAAUGUUCUGAUGGCUGGGAACUCUGCUGCUGGGGAUGUGUAUAGGGAGAUUGCUUCGGAGUGUGGCUUUGAGAUGGAUGAAGAGUCAGCAGCAGUGAUAGACCACUUCAACUACGACUCGCUCGAUGAAGGGGACCACACAAGAAUUGUAGUGUCACCUAAGAACCUGAUCAAUGCCCCAACAAUAGUCGGAGCUCAGAACACUCAGCCGCUGCUGUUUGAAGGCACUGGACUGAUUCUGGACAAAGAUAACAGCUUAGUUCUGCCCAUUCUAACUGCUGAUAGCACAGCUUACAGCUAUAACCCUAAGAGUCAGGUCAAGGAGUACCCACACGCUGUUGGUCGCAAAACAGUCCUUAUUGCAGCUUUGCAAGCUAGGAACAACGCUCGCAUCAUCUUCAGUGGCUCGCUGUUCUUCUUCUCUGAUGAGGCUUUCAAUGCUCCAGUAGCUAAAGUGCAUGGUGACAAAGUAAAAGCAGCAGUGUCAGGCAACAAGGCGCUAGCGGCGCACCUCAGCGAAUGGGUGUUUGGCGAGCGCGGCCAGUUGAGAGUGCGUCGCGUCACGCACUACCGCGAGGACGACAAACAGACUACCAGCACCUACACCAUCACUGACUCUGUUGUAUACAGAAUCGAAAUUGAAGAGUUAAAGAAUGGCAAAUGGCAGCCCUUCGAAGCCAAUGAUGUCCAGCUAGAGUUUGUCCGCAUUGACCCGUUCAUCCGGACCACACUGAAGCGCAAACCCAAUGGUGUAUACGAAGCUGUGUUCAGGGUGCCAGAUGUAUGGGGCGUAUACCAGUUCAAGGUGGACUAUGAUAGGAUUGGAUAUACACGGCUGUAUCAUUCUACACAGGUGUCUGUGCGACCACUUCAACACACCCAGUACGAGAGAUUCAUUCCAAGCGCCUACCCGUACUAUGUGAGCGCAUUCUCCAUGAUGAUUGGAGUUUUCCUGUUCUCCUUCGUCUUCCUUUACUAUAAGGAAGAGACACCCAAGACCAAGACGAGUGAAGUGGCAGUGAAGAUGGAUCCGUCGCGGCGGCAGCGCACACAGACCAAGGCCACGGCGGAGGAGCAGGCACUUGACCAGAUCGCAAGAGAGGCGGAGCAGCGUCUGGCGGCGCGGCGCGCGGCGCGUGCGGAGGCGCGCGACAUCCGCAUGCGCGAGCUGGAGCGGCAGCAGCGUGAGCAGGAGGACCAUGCCGACAAAGCCUAUGACAUGUACUCAGAGACAGUGGGGCGGCGCCCCGGCGGGCGGUUGGCGGCGCUGAGCCCCAGCGCGAUGCACUCCCCGCGACGCAGCUCAGAGGACUCGGACGACGUGCUUAGCAUCAAAGACCUCAGGCAUGAGCUUAAAGAAGUGGAGGAGAAGUUCCGCAAGGCGAUGAUCCUGAACGCCCAGCUGGACAACGACAAGGCGGCGCUCGGCUACCAGCUCGAACUGCUCAAGGACAGAAUAGAGGAGCUGCAGGAGGAAUACGCGCAGUUACAGCGGGAACACAGAGAGAAGUGCUCGUGCUACGAGCGGCUGAAGCGGGAGCACGCGGCGCUGGAGCGCGAGGUGGCGCUGGCGCGGGAUGCGGUGCGCGCGCGCGACGCGGCGGCGGCGGCGGCCGGCCGCGCCUUCGUGGAGGCGGCCAGCGCGCCCGACGCCGACGCGGGCGCGGCGUGCGGCAGCGUGCCACCGCUGGCGCUCGUGUCGCGCGAGUCGGAGCAGCUGCUGAACGAGGCGGGCGAGGGGACCUUAGACGUGCGGCUGGAGAGGCUGGUGGGCGCGAAGGCGGCGCUGGAGAGCGAGGUGCGCAAACUGAAGCUACAGCUGAACGACGAGCGCGCGGCGCGCCAGAACGGCGUCGCCUCGCAUCUGGACCGCGACCACGACACUGAGUUGGAGGCGCUCCGCAAGUCUGCCGGCGAGGCGAAGGGCCGCGCGGCCCGCGCCGAGGCGGAGGCGGCGCUGCAGGCGGCGGCCGUGGCGCGGCUCGAGGCGCAGGUGGCGCGGCUGCGCGCGCGGCAGGACCACCAGGACGAGCACGAGGAGAUGCUGAAGCAGGAGCGGAGGAAGUUGCAGAGAGAGGCGAGGGAAGCUCUCAACCGGGUGGAGGAGCUGGAGACAGAGAACAGCCACCUCACCAAGCGCCUCGACAAACUCAAGAACGCCAAGUCUGCACUGCUCAAGGACCUGUGACCCGCCUCACGCCGAGCGACGUCGCGUGAAGCGCUACACGAUAUAUAUAUGAGCCUUCAACGCCAACCGACGUCGCGUGAAGUGCUAUGCAAAAUGCAUUCGAGCCUCCGACACCGGGCGAUGUCGCGUGUGUCGCUAUACAAGAUGCAUAUUACCCUCCGACGCCGAGCGACGUCGCGUGAAGCGCUACGCAAGAUGCAUACUAGCCUCCGACGCCGGGCGACGUCGCGUGAAACAGCAUAGCAACAUAUACAUUAGCCGAAGUACGAACGUCGCGUGAUGCGCUUUACAAGUCAUAUAAGGGCAUAGGAAUUUACUAUAUUACGUAUCGCAGUUUGCAAGCCCAAUAUAUUAUACGAGCCAACAUAAUAUACAAUGUAAUAAGGCUUGGCUUCAUAUCGAGAAUUUAGAAAAAUAACCCCGUUUAGGAAUAGAACUGAUUAGUAAUAGUGUCUUUUUUUUAAAGAAUUCUGAUACUAGACACACCUUCGAACUUCACACUCAAUUUCCGCCAUUUUGAACUGUCAAAAACUCAUUAAUAACGGAGUAAAAAUGCAUUUUUAAAUAGCAUUUGCGCGUGAAAUUUCGAAUGAGGUAAUAAUUUUGCUGUUCACUCAUUAUCGGUACGAAACUUGACACAUAUAAUAGUAGCUUUAGGCGAUGCGUUUUCGUGAACAAUGUAGUAUUUUCUAACAGCCAGAAUCACAUUAUAAACAAACUUUCAUAGCAAAAUAGCUGCCGUAAUAUGACGGUGAAACGUAUGCCGUAUUUAAAAUGGCCGCCAAACAGAACAGCUGCUUUAUGGAAGCUGUGCGCGCUUAGUUUUACUUCAGCCGCGAGUAAAGGUUGCAUGCACUAGUUUUUUUCUAGUUUAGAUAAUGGUUCAGUGACGUCGGUUAUGGUCCGACUCUACUACCGGGAUUUAUUUGCUAAUGGUUUGUGAUAUCGCGAACUGUGUGUCACGCUUACUCGAAUGGUUGGCGCGAAUAUAGGUUUAUUAAAAAGUUCAGGCGAAUUCUUUGUCCUUCCGGGAUAUAACACAUCCGAACACCACAGGGAGGACUAUAAUAUUUUGUUGUCACAGAAUGGCGCCAAACAAAACAUUUACUAUAUCCCCAAAUAGUGUGGCCAGUUGGUUUGACGAAUACCAAACUAUCGUAAAAACCCGAAACCGUAUUAUAUGCCGAGUCCCGAUAGUAGAGCUGUACCAUAACGCGAUGGAUACGUAAUGAUAAAAGUAUAGUAUGAUUCCACCUUUAAUAAAAAUCACAAUUUUAUUUAGGACACAUUUUAAAAAUAUGACUGAGUAAAUAUUUUAGUCUGUUUUAACAUUUUGUUUGUAUAGUAAAAAGUUGUAUUAUAUUUUCCGAUGCGAUCGAAAUUGCGAUUCGAUUAACGAUAUAAUUAAUGAGUUUUAACAAUUAUUAUUUUAAAUAAAAAUAAAUGGAAUUUAAUAAUUAUUACUUACUUCUCUAUGAUUUACAGUUAUUGACAAUUUUUUUAUUUGUACAUAAUUUAUUAAUAAUAAUGAUUACCAAUAUAACAUUGAAAUUUUAUUUGAUGGACAUGAAAUUGAUGUAUAAAUAUUUAGUAAUUUUAUAUAUUUGACAUGUGUGUGUGUAUGUGACUAGUUGUUAUUUAUGUUUUAUUGCUUUGACAUUUUGAUGGUAUUUUAAAUUAUUUAAUAAACACAAAUGUAUGAAAUUAGGUGUAUUAUGUACUAAAAACUUCGUGAAAACAUGUAGCUAUUACAAUAGUGAUCGUAAAAUUAUCAAAAACGGUUUAUUCAUAUCGCGAAUUUUCGAAAACUGAUGUUUUUAAAAAAUAAUUGUAUGUAGGACCAAAGGUUUUAGUUCGUUAUAGUUUGGUCUUACGUAACAUUCUUUUGUAGAAACAUCAGUUUUUGAAAAUACUCAUGUUUUUUGGCGAUAACUCAAAACUUUUUGCAGUUCAUCGCUCAUUAGAAAUAGGACAGAAGAAAAUAGUUUUUGAAAAACUAUUUAAAAACUAAUUUCUCUUGCAUUUUGAGUAUUCCCCAAUAAAACAAAUCAAUGGAUUUUUUUACAUGUAUGUCUGUAUAUUGUAUGUGUCUUUUUAUGUUGUUUCAUAAAAUUUAUUCACUUAUCAUUUUAAUUUUAACUAUUGAUGAUUAUUUUAAUUUGUAACAUAAUAAUUAAUAAUUAUUUCUUGUGCAUUAUAAACUAACUAUUUAUGUUCUAUUUUGUAAUAUUUUGUAUAGGUACUACAAAUAAGUUUUUAUUAUUGUAUUAAUUUUAUUUUAGCUUGCCGAAGUUUCGCUUUGUAUCAUAAAAAAAUAUACCAUUUUAACUUGCCAGAUUACAAGUUAUAUAAUUUAUUUAUUAAAAUAAAAUGGUUGAAUUUUAAAUAAUUUUUUAGAUUUUGCAACACGAAAUUAAAGCAACUUAAAAAAAAAAAAAAACAGAAAAUAUGUAAAUUAAAAUGUUUUAUAUAUUGUAGUUAGAUGACUUGAAAAAGUUCCUCGACAUAGGGCAUCGGUCACACUAGCGACAAAUCGUUUGAAGAAAAAUAUAAUAUUUCACUUUGUAUAAAAAUUGCAAUGAUAAAUAAUUGUUGUUUCAAACUCAAAGCUGCUUUAGAAAAAAAAAAUUAAAAUGCAUGCAUGAAUCUACCAUGCACAGGUUCGAAAUACUUCUUAUCGAUAAAAAUCACUAUGAAACCUAGUAGAAGUUUUGGAUAACCGGGUAUGACUUUGGAC